GGAUAAAACAUUCAUAGUAGAAGCUUCAAUCAAGGAAUUUCACUUUCAAAACAGCUGGUACCAAACAACAUGUCCAAUUUGUAAAGAUCCCAUUUUAGAAGAGGCGAACAGUGGUAUUGCAGUGCACAUGGACCUCAUUGAAAAGCCAACCUACACAUGCAAAAUCCACAGUCACCAUUACCGACACUACAGACACCAUAACCUGCGGUUGUAUCCGAAACAGCGUCUCGGAAGCUGUUAAAAUCAUCACUUCAAAAGUUUAUAUCUGACAACCCGCUCACAAGCAGAAACACCUCCCUUCCAUCAUCACUGAUCAAAAAGAACAAACAAAAACAAUGUGUAUCCAAUGCUUAGGACAUCAACAACCGACAACAUCCGUUUCAUAAUAAUUGACAUCCAAGAAUCAACAACGCCAUCAGAGACACUGUCCCAACAACACCAGCCGUACCGCGGAUGAUAAGAAUGCGACCAGAUGACGGAACACUAGAGCCAAGCAGACCUCCUCCUCGCCUGUGGCACGCACUCUCACCUUCACUCCACCAGGGCCACCACCACCAAAAAAUCAAAAACAAAAACGAACCACAAAAUAGCAGAUAUCAUGAAACAGCACUAAGAAAUCCAACUUUUGUUUUGGACAAUAUGUUUAUCUUUUGUAACAGACAUGCUAAACAACUAUCAUAUGUAUAUAACAAUAAUAAACAGACACCUUUGCAUGCUUCCACUUUUCCAAAAUUUCACAAAAAACAACCUAUACAAAUGAUACUUACAUAA